AUGGAUCACCUCUUUUCUUUGCCAAGCAAUAGCAAGCCUUACCACAAUAAUGGAACAGUCGAUUUUGAACACCCCCCCAUUUCGGACGAAGACCUUCAAAUGUGGGGAGAUUUGGAUUGUUUGGAAUUAGCGACUUCUUCCAACUUAAUUGUAGGCUGUUCGUCGCCUGGUUGGGCUCCGCAAUGGAUGGCUGGGAGUGAAGAAUAUCAAGAAUUAUCUGCUCCAUCGUCUUACAAUUCUCAUCCAUCAUUUCCAUCGCCGCCUGCCUCAACACCAGUCGCUAAGGACCGAAACUAUGGCUCUUCGGCGUGGAUAAACACGGUACAAAACAACGGAACCCCGAUAGCUACUGCGAAUAAUUUGAACGUGAUGUACCCGACAUCGAUGCCAGGAGAGUGGAGCAAUCGCUACAAUGUAUCGGCUUAUCAAAGGACUGCGGAGAACGCGACACAAGAUAACAAUACAGCAUCUUGA